AUGUAUGAGGGUGGGAAACUGUCUGUAGUGCUAGGAGUUGACGACAUCUCUGAGUACUCAUUGGACUCCUCAUGGCAUCAUCUCAGCCAGGACUCCAUUGAUUUCCUCUCUCUUGAUCUGCUAUGUGAUUGCCAAAGCGAGGCGAGUCCACCACAAGAGCUGAGUAAACUGCAGACCAUCAAUCCCAAAGUGAAAGUUUUCGUCUUUAGCCUAAAACUUCACAACUGUGUUCCCUUGAAGGAGAAAUCAGCUCAACUCCUGUUUAACAUGAUCGAAGCCAUAAAUAAAGACCAAGUACUGACCGUUGGGUUUGAUGUCAAUGAAUUCCUACAGUGUUUUUCCAAUGCCAAGAAAAGGUAUUGUUCCCUACCUGACAGUCUGGCUGGCCAAACUGAAGAGCAGGAAGGGAACCCAGCGGCCCCCGUCUCUGCGACACCUGCCUCAGCCUACUGGCGAGUUUGGCAGAUGUUUGCUCACCAGUCUGUGGCAGAGAGAGACUUGUUCCUGAAUGAUGUCUUCCCUAGAGGUUUUCUCUGGGGUGCCGCCACAGGAGCCUUUAACGUGGAGGGAGCGUGGGCAGAAGGUGGAAGAGGAGAAAGCAUCUGGGACAGGUUUGGACAUCAGGGCCGUGCUGAGAAUAAAGCAGUGCCUGAUGUGGCCAGUGACAGUUACCACAAGGUCGGGUAUGACGUUGCUCUCCUCCGUGGCCUCCAGGCUCAGGUCUACAAGUUUUCCAUCUCGUGGUCUAGGAUCUUCCCCACAGGCUACAAGAGCACCUUCAACCCACGGGGUAUAGCCUACUAUAACAAGUUGAUUGACAGCUUGCUGGACUCCCACAUUGAGCCAAUGGUGACUUUGUUCCACUGGGACCUCCCGCAGGCCCUGCAGGAUCAUGGAGGCUGGCAGAAUGAGAGUGUGGUCGAUGCUUUUGUGGACUAUGCCGCUUUUUGCUUUGCCACCUUUGGGGACCGGGUGAAGCUAUGGGUGACCUUUCAUGAACCUUGGGUGAUAAGCUACGCAGGCUACGGCACCGGACAGCAUGCCCCAGGCAUCUCUGACCCAGGAGUAGCCUCGUUUAAGGUGGCUCACUCCAUCCUCAAGGCUCAUGCCAAGGCUUGGCAUCAUUAUGACCGCCACCAUCGCAGCCAGCAACAGGGGCAGCUGGGGAUUGUGCUGAACUCGGACUGGGCUGAGCCCUACUCUCCAGAGGAGGCGGAGGACAUGAGGGCCGCCGAGCGCUACUUGCACUCCAUGCUGGGCUGGUUUGCCCACCCGCUCUUUGUGGAUGGUGACUACCCCGACACCCUGAAGGAGCAAAUCCAGCAGAAAAACAGGCAUUGUGGCAGCUUUGUCGCCCAGAUUCCUAGUUUUACGGAGGAAGAGAAGCUUCUCUUGAAAGGUUCCUCUGACUUUCUCGGCCUGUCACAUUAUACCACCCGCCUGAUUAGGGAUGCCCAGAAUGGCUCCUGUGUCUUGGACUAUGACAACCUCCGGGGCUUCUCCCAGCACAUGGACCCCACCUGGCCCCAGACCUCAUCCCCUUGGCUUCGGGUGGUGCCCUGGGGUCUCAGGAGACUCUUACAGUUUGUGUCCCUGGAAUAUACCCAAGGGAAUAUUCCAAUCUACCUGGCUGCCAAUGGCCUGCCAGUGGAAGAAGGCAAGGUCCUUGAUGAUUCUGCAAGAAGUGACUAUUUCAAUCUCUAUGUCAAUGAGGUGCUCAAAGCUAUCAAGUUGGAUUCUGUGGAUGUUCGGUCCUACAUUGUUCGUUCCCUCAUUGAUGGCUUUGAAGGCCCAUCAGGUUACAACCAGAGAUUUGGGCUACACUACGUGAAUUUCAAAGAUGGCAGCAGACCUAGAACUCCCAGGAAGUCUGCCUAUUUUUUCUCUAGACUCAUUGAAAAGAAUGGCUUCCUGACUAAAGAGACGGACAGAUCUUCUCGGCCAUUCCUUUAUAGCCCUCCCCCCAAAAUUUCGGUUACUCUGGGACCCUCAGAGGUUCCUUCAAAGGCUAAGAUAGUUUGGGAAAAAUUCUCCAACGAAUCCAAGUUUGAAAGAGAUUUCUUCUACCAUGGAACAUUUCCUGAUGAUUUUGUAUGGGGUGUGUCCACUUCUGCCUAUCAGAUCGAAGGAGGCUGGGAUGCAGAUGGGAAGGGCCCCAGCAUUUGGGAUAACUUCACCCAUACACCAGGGAAUAAUGUGAACAACAAUGACAAUGGAGAUGUAGCUUGUGAUAGUUACAAUAAAUGGGAGGAGGAUCUUAAUAUGCUGAGAGCUUUGAAAGUCAAGGCCUACCGCUUCUCUCUCUCCUGGCCUCGAAUUUUCCCAGACGGGACAAUUGAUUCUGUCAACCCAAUUGGAGUUGAGUACUACAACCAGCUUAUUGAUGACUUGGUGAAAAGCAAUAUCAUUCCCAUGGUGACACUGUACCACUGGGACCUACCCCAAGCCUUGCAGGAUAUUGGUGGUUGGGAAAACCCUUCCUUGAUUGACUUGUUUGAUAGCUACGCAGACUUUUGUUUCAGUACUUUUGGUGACCGGGUCCAAUUCUGGAUGACAUUUAAUGAACCUUUAUACAUGGCAUGGCUUGGGUAUGGAGAAGGGGUAUUUCCCCCAAAUGUGAAGGAUCCUGGCUAUGCACCUUACAGAAUAGCCCAUACCAUCAUCAAAGCUCAUGCCCAAGUUUACCAUACGUAUGAUGAGAAGUAUAGGCAGAGUCAGAAAGGAGUGAUUUCCUUGAGCCUCAACACACGCUGGGUGGAACCCAAGUCAUCUAACUUGUCAAGAGAUAUUGAGGCAGCUGAUAGGGUUCUGCAGUUUAACUUGGGCUGGUUUGCCCAUCCCAUCUUCAAAAAUGGAGACUACCCAGAUGCUAUGAAGUGGAAAGUAGGAAACAGGAGUGAGCUACAAAAUCUAGCCACUUCUCGCCUCCCCAGCUUCACAGAGGAAGAAAAGUUGUACAUUAGAAACACAGCAGAUGUCUUCUGCCUCAGCACCUACUCUUCCAGAAUUGUGGCAUACGUAACCUCCCAGCUCAACCCUCCUUCUUAUGAAAGUGAUCAGGAGAGAACAGAAGAAGAGGAUACUUCUAUGCCCACCUCUGCGCUCAACAGAGUAGUGGCCUGGGGGCUGAGAAGGCUUUUGAAUUGGAUCAAAGAAGAAUAUGGUGACAUCCCCAUUUAUGUCACUGAAAAUGGAGUGGGAUUCGAGACAUCUGAGAUCGAAGACACAAAUAGGGUAUUUUUUUACAAAACGUACAUCAAUGAAGCUUUGAAAGCCUACAGUCUGGAUGGCGUUAACCUCCGAGGGUAUGUGGCUUGGUCCCUGAUGGAUAAUUUUGAAUGGUUGAAUGGCUACAGUGUCAAGUUUGGACUCUACCAGGUAGAUUUUGAUGAUGUCAGCAGACCCCGGACUGCAAGAACUUCAGCUGGGUACUACACAGAAGUUAUUAGCAACAACGGCAUGCCGCUGGAAAAGGAGAAUGAGUUUCUGUAUGGAGAGUUUCCUAAGGACUUUGUCUGGGGUGCAGCCUCAUCUGCCUAUCAGAUUGAAGGUGCCUGGAGAGCUGAUGGCAAGGGCCUUAGUAUCUGGGACACAUUUUCCCACACUCCACUGAGAAUUGAAAAUAGUGACAGUGGGGACAUUGCCUGUGACAGCUAUAACAAAAUCCAAGAAGAUGUAGCAGCCCUUCAGAAUCUGGGUGUGUCCCACUAUCGCUUCUCUGUCUCCUGGUCCCGUGUUCUCCCUGAUGGCACCAUUAGGCAAAUCAAUGAAAAGGGGCUAAACUACUAUGAAAGACUCAUUGAUGCUCUACUGGCAGUCAAUAUAAAGCCUCAGGUGACUAUUUACCACUGGGAUCUGCCCCAGGAACUCCAGAAUGUUGGAGGCUGGGAGAAUGAUACCAUAAUCCAGAGGUUUAAGGAGUAUGCAGAUGUGCUCUUCAGUAGGCUGGGAGACAAGGUGAAAUUCUGGAUCACUAUCAAUGAGCCCUUUUCCAUUGCCUAUGGCGGGCAUGUCUAUGGAGUAUCUGCUCCAGGCAUUUCCUUUAGACCAGGCACCGCUCCCUACAUUGUUGGCCAUAACUUAAUAAAAGCUCACGCUGAAGCCUGGCACCUAUAUAAUGAUGUCUACCGAGCCAAGCAAGGGGGGCUGAUUUCUCUCACCCUCAGCGGUGACUGGGCAGAGCCCAGAAACCCUUCCAAACAAGAAGAUGUGGAAGCUGCUAGAAGACAUGUUGAGUUUAUGGUAGGCUGGUUUGCACAUCCUGUUUUCAAGAAUGGAGACUACAGUGAAAUCUUGAAGACUCGGGUUAGUGACAGGAGCGCAGCAGCGGGACUGAACACAUCUAGGCUCCCUGAGUUUACUGAAGAUGAAAAGAGGAGAAUUAAUGGCACGUUUGAUUUUUUUGGCUUCAAUCAUUAUACCACUGUUUUGGCUUAUAACCUGGAGUAUCCAAACUUCCUCUCCCACUUUGAUGCAGACAGGGGAACGGCUUCCAUAGCAGAUCGCACUUGGCCAGAUUCCGGCUCUUUCUGGCUGAAGAUUACUCCUUUUGGUUUUAGAAGGAUCUUGAACUGGUUAAAGGAAGAGUACAACAACCCUACAAUUUAUAUUACAGAGAAUGGGGUUUCUGAGAGACAAUCCUCAAGUCUCAAUGACACCAUAAGAAUCUAUUACCUCCAGACUUACAUCGAUGAAGUUCUCAAAGCUAUCCAGGAUAACGUGGAUAUACGUGGCUAUACUCUUUGGAGUUUGAUGGACAAUUUUGAAUGGGCCACUGGCUUUGCUGAGAGAUUCGGUGUGUAUUUCACAAACUACAGUGACCCCUCCAUCCCAAGGAUCCCCAAGGAAUCUUCCAAGUUGUAUGCUUCUAUAAUCAGAUGCAAUGGCUUCCCAGACCCAGCCAAUGGGCCACACCCCUGCCUCCAGUCAGAAGAUGUCCCCACCGCUGAAUCUGUGACAGAGAAGCAAGUUCGGUUCUUGGGGCUGACGCUGGAUGCCACCAGUGCAGAAACAGCCUUAUACAUACUCUUCUCUCUCUUGAUUAUUGGUGUCUGUGGACUGGCACUGACACUAUAUAAAUGUUUCAGAGUGUCUAAAAAACGUCCAGCAAGUACUGGCCACCCGGAAUUGAGUAGCUUUUAAUGUGCUGUAUGCCCUACGAGUUAGAGAAGCUAACUUGUGACUGCUGAGUUUUUGCAUAAUACUGCUUCAUUCAGCUCCCUGCUUGUAUAUUGAGCUGCCUGUACAAUUUUGAGAAAACAGAACACAAUAAAAGAUCAGAGUGGGCUUAUGAGCAGCCAGUUUACCUGGGACAUCUGAAAUACUUUCCCUAAUUUUCUCCAACUGCCUGAUAAUCUACCGUUAAAAUAUUUUUAUUUUUGUUAAGACCUUUCAGUCUUCUAAUCUAUUAAAAUGCAGACAGUCAUGGGAGUGUCAUACCCUAAGACUUUAUGCACCAAUUACUUUU